AUGCAGCCUAUUUUUGAGCUCUCCCUUGCGAACCUGCUGCCUCCGGUGACUGUGCUGACGAUGGUGUCGGGCGUUUGGUCCAUCUACCUCUUACUGCAUGUCUUACCGCAGCUGCAGCUGGAUAUGCCGCCCGAACACGUCGACUCAGAGGUGGCAUUGCGCGGCUGGGUGCAUGGCCUUGUCUCUCAGGUGCUGGCGGGACUGCUGAUGGUUUGCUUCGCCAG